AUGAUUCCCUAUGCAGAAGAAUCGCAGCCCUACCUUCGCCAUCCGACAAAACGCCGGCCGUUCUUCCAUUCCUCCAACCAGGCCGGCGUGGCUCCUUUUCAGGAUGUUGGCAACUGCCGUCCCACAGCACAAACAUAUGCCUCUCAGGCCAUUAAAAAUGCCCAGGGCCACUGGGAUGGCAACCUAAAUAAGUUUAGCAUUUCAAAAGGGGCAGCGCUAUGCUGGCAGCCCAACAAAGCAGGCUAUCCACAAUGA